AUGACGUCGAAGGAGUCGAAGGAUGUGGAGGCGGGGACAAAAGCAAGUGAAGCCAGUGAUUUCCAAAUAUCUGAUUUACAAAAGUGCGGUAAAUACAUAUACUACUUGACACUGGUUUACUUCAUCAUGGUUCUUACGCAAGUCUGUAACCUGUUGUUCAUGACAUUUGCUGACCGGAAGCCAACUGUAAAGGAUGUUUGCGAGAAAAAUUAUCAUGAUUACAUUGGAUCCAAAGCGUGUAACAAAACAAAUUGCUGGGUUACAACGAAUGAAACAGGGAAAACAGUUUGUUCCUCACGCACCUACGAUUUCAUCCCGAUCAGAAACGAUGUACGUUUUACAUUGAAAUAA